AUGUCAAAUCCAUUUUUAAUUCUAUCUGAUUCAUCAUCAACUUCAACAAAUCCAUAUUCAACAGCAUCUUCAAAAGUAGUUUCAAUCGAUAAUGAUUCUUCUUCUUCUUCUUCUUCGACUACAAAUAUUUAUAAAGAUAUUCUUGAAGAUGUUCUUCUAUGUACCAUCGAUGAACAACCAUCAUCAUCACUUAUCUAUUUAGCUGAAUUAGCUAUAGAAUUACCUGAAAAUUUCGAUAAAAAUUUUAUUGAUCAAGCUUUAUUUGAACGUCUUCAUAUGAUAGAUCCAUCAACUCAAUUAUUAACAUCAAUAACAAAAAAAUCAACAAUAAGAAAUGAUAUAAAUAUGAUUACUGAAAAUCGUUGUAUACAUUAUUUAGUUGGAUGUUAUCAAAGAUUAUUACGACAACGUAAUCAUUUUAAAUUAGUAUUUGAAGAUAUUAGAAAAUUAUUUAUUGAUCAUACAAAAACAGCAAUUAGUUUACCAGAUCUAUAUGAUGGUCAAGAUUUAUCUAAACAAUGGUUAGAAUUAUUAAUUGAUGGUCAAGAAAAUCCACUUUUAUAUGAGUAUAUUGAUUGUAUUAAUAAUGAUUUUUUAUCAGAAAUAACCGAUGAAAUUGAAAAUCUUUAUAAUUCUGUCUUUCGUUAUAUAUAUAAAAUGAUUCAACCACUUGAUUAUUUUUCUACUGAACUUAUUACAUAUAUUGGAGUAUUAAAAUAUCUAGCAAAAUGGCCAGCACUUGUUCGAAUUAUCUUUCGAUUAUCUCAUCCAAAAACAACAUCUAAUCGUUCUAUACAAAAUCCUUUUGGAUCAUCAGGUGGUGGUCGAGCAUUUGAAGAUACAUUAAUUGGUAGUCUUC